GAAACCCGGUCUCACAUGCCCAUAUCGUGCCGCUACUGCGCCUACCAUCCUGCUACUCCGGUAUAAAGUAAAUACUACGGAGUGGUGGCGAAUUCGACAUGUAUGCUCCGUAACGCUUCCGAACAGACUUGAUAAUAUUGUCGAGGCCUACGGCACCGACACGCCGGCCUUCAUGGUAGAGGGUCACGUCGUACACAACGCGAUAGAUGGCGAUCGAUGGGAAGGAUAUCCGAACAAAAAGCACGCAGAAGCUAACUUGCGCAAUGUGAUGGGUGCAUGAGGUCGUGGAGUCGACUCCGGUCACCAUUCGCCAUUCGCUGUUGCAGCGCUUCUUUUGCCUACGAUAACGACAUGCUCACGGAAAACUUGAAACAUGACGAACCCGCCUGUCACCGUACGAUCUCGAACGACUGCUACCCGCAGAAGGAAGGUCAUCGGGUGCUUCUGCGCUGCAAGUCUGACAGUGGCCCGAGCAAAGAAUGGCAUAUCCUUUUGCCGGCAACCGAAAAAUACUGACCUCGCCCAGCAAGCCGGCUGUCGAAGGCUGAGCAGCGGCGGGUUUUUCGGCGCAAGAAGGCAUCGUAUCGGCCAUGUGCUCCAGAGAUGUGAGAUGACCGUUGCGGGUGGCUGGGAGAAGAAGUCGGCAACUACUGCAAGCGCGAACGCUACAGCAUGACGUUGGAGAGUUCCGCUCAGCCUAAUGCUUCUCCCAUGCGCGAGUUCAUAGUUGGUGCGACACAGUUCCUCGUAGCCUCGACGGUCGUCGACUCCGAGUACCCAGUCUUUUCGCGAUCAUAACUGCAAGGAACACCAAGCGCCGUGGGAGGCAUUGCGGGUCACGGUCUCCACAGCGACAAGGAAAUCAAGAAACGAAUCAUCUAACGUGACGUCUGGAUGCUGCAGCCAACAUGCCGAGACGCAGGGCUCGUUGAGAGCCAACCCUUGGUUCGCAGUAGUAGUUGCAGCGACAUGUGGGCGGUGGGUUGUGAAAAGAAUCCACUCCAACUCCGCCAGUAAGCGAGCAACAAUUGCCGUCGGAA